CUUUCUUAACCUACCGCAUUUCAUAUUCAACCAACUCUCGUUGUUAAUUGCAUUUCAAAACGUCCAAAACAAAUAUGAAGGACGUUUCCAGUCACAAAGUUGUUUUUUCACUCAUGUGAUUAUUUUUCAGGGUCAUUGAAGGGAAGACAAAGGAAGUUGCAAGUGUUCAAAUGUAUAAAGAAACAUUUGAUCGUAGCCAAAAAGAUCAGAAAGUAAAAGUAUAUUUGGAAAAUAGCAAUGGAAGUUUAAGUAGGGAAAAUUCAAAUGAUGAGGCAGUAAAUGGAAGUGAAAGUAGUAGUGAUUCAGAAAGACAAAUAGAUGUCAUCACCAGAGGCGAAAGUGGUGAGAAUAAUUACCCUGAAAUAGAUAUCAAUGGCACCAAAAGCUUAUCUUCGUCGGGUAGAAGGUCAAGUUCUUCUUCUUUGUCAGAAACAUCAUCAGAUGAUUUCUUUCGAAUAGAUGCGUUGAAAUUCACCGCAUCUGAUGCAUCUGCAAUUUUAUCAAAAUCUGGGAAAAAUUAUGUUUCUAGCAGUGCUAGCUCUCCUAAAUCUGAGGUUGACAUUAGCCCUCCAGAUCAAACAUCAAUAUAUCAAGUUUACAAUUUGGCCUACAGCCAAAAGGGUAUGCCACCAACUACAAGCCCUCCUAUCCAAAUGAUGGAUCGAUCAGAAAGAUAUGAAUCUGCCAGGAUUCCAUCUUCGAUCUUCGAAAGAAAUAAUAAUCCAUUGGAAUGGAGUAUUGCUUCUAAUGACUCAUUAUUUAGCAUUCAUAUAGGUCACCAUAGUUUUUCCAGAGAACAUACCUUUAAGUUUGGUGAAUUACGCAUGUCGGAAGAAUUGAUCAAACCUGAAGAACUAAGUAUGUUUAAUCGAACCCCAUCAAUUGCAAUUGAAGAGAUAGAAACUGUUAGAAAAAGUGCUGACAUAAAGAAUUUGAAAACAAUAGAAACAUCAGAAGAAUCUUUCAAAUUUGAUCAAAAGCUCAGUGAAAACCACAACAACAUAGAGACAUUUCAUCAAGAUGCAAACUCCAAGUCUUCAAAGUCAAGUGUGUCAAGUAUCUCCAAUGAGAGUGAAGCCACCGGGCACUCUUUUGUCCCAUUAAACAAGGAAUCACGACGAUUCAGCUUAUGUUGUAAUUAUAGCUGGGUGUUCUGCCACCAUAAAUGGCCGAUCUGCUGCUAUACAUGGCCAAGCGGCAAGUGUUCUAAUUGCGGGUGGUUGUUCUGCAGUUGUUGCACCUGUAGCCAUACAAAAAGUAGUGACCGUGCCUCCCCUAUUUUGACAGAAACAGAGAGGAAUAGUUUUGAGAAGACAAAUACUCCUAGACACGAUUCAUAUAAAGAAGAGUUAGAUACAACUAGCAGUUCAUCUGCCAGUUGUUGGCAUUGCUUCCAAUCUAAACAAGCAUGUGAUGUUUGUUCCAACUCACGUGGUAAUUGUUGCUAUUGGUUUCAUAGCUUUUCUUGUGCAAGGUGCAAAUGUUGUUAAGGGACUGGGUUUUACAGAAUUCAGAUGCCUUAUUUAUUUAUUUUUUUUUUAUAGUUAUUAUCUUCUUUAGCAACUCAGGUUUGAUAAAAUUUCCAUCUUGGAUACAUCAUUUUAAUUUCAUGUGUUACCCUUUACCUUUAAAUGAAAUUGA